UGAUCCUUAUUCACAGACUUAUAAUGAAGGUUGGAAAGAUCACCCAAAUCUUAGGUAUGGACCUAGACCACAGUUUUCACAAACUAAUCAACCUAGGCAAUUUGGUGUACAAAACCCUCCACCCCAAUCUUCUGGCUCAUCUUUAGAAGACAUCAUGAAGCAACUUGCAACUCAAAUAGGCCAAGUACAUAACCAAAAUAUCGAGUACCAAAAGAAAACUGAUUCGCAUCUUCACCACCUUGAUACACAAAUUGGCCAGAUUUGUACUUCUUUAAGUAAUAUAGAAAGUCAGGUCACAGGAAAACUACCAUCUCAACCUUUGCCGAAUCCAAAUAAACAAGUAAAUGCAGUGACAAUCAAUAGAAAAGCAACCAAGGGGCAACCUUUAACACCUAUUAAUGAACAUGAAUUUGCUAUUAAUCUAAGUGGGGAAAUGCAAGAAAACAGAAUUCCAUUAUUAGAUGCAAUAAAAGCGGUUCCCAAAUAUAGCAAGUUAUUCAAUGAAUAUUUCACUAAUUCAAAAAUAAAUGAGAGUCAUCAAGUCUGUUUGACACCCAUUCUUCUACCACCCCCAAAGUGUGAGGAUCCUGGAUCAUUCUCGAUUCCUUGUAGGAUAGGUGAGCAUAUAUUUCUCCAGUGUAUGCUAGAUUUAGGUUCUGCAGUUAAUAUUAUGCCAGCUUCCUUUUAUGAUGAGUGUAAGAUGGGACCAUUAAAAACAUCUAAUGGGGUACUUACUAUGGCUGAUGGUAGUAACGUUAACACAAUUGGAUUGCUUGACAAUGUUCUUAUUCAGAUUAGACACAUGUUCUUCCUAGUUGAUUUUGUUGUUCUUGAUACAAAGCAUGAGUCUGAAAUAUUGCUAGGCCGACCAUUCCUAAAAACUGCAAGGGCAUUGAUUGAUGUCGCUAACGAGUAUGUUAUUCUUGAGAGCAAUGGGGAGCGAAUGCAGUUGAACAUAUUUGAGGAACAUAAUUUCAAUAUAGAGGCAAAUGCUACUGAUUAUGCUACUUAUUGUCUUGCACAAGUUGGAGAAGCAAAUUUGGAGAUUUUAUUAGAUCAGAUGGCCAGCACUUUAGGGCGGAAAGAUGGGACGACGCCGGGGAAGGCAUUAACCGUGGGGCAGCAAGUACUAGACAAAGGGGCGAAGUUGAUGCAGUCGUUGAAGCCUAUCAACCAAAUUAGCCAGCAUGUUAAUACGUUCGCGCUUUACAGCCAUGACAUGUCUCGACAAAUUGAGACUCAUCACUUCGUUUCGAGAAUUAAUCAGGAUUUUUGCCAGUGUGCUGUUUAUGACUCUGAUCUUCCUUCUGCUCGUCUCAUUGGAAUUGAGUAUAUAAUAUCUGACAAAAUAUUUGAGUCACUCCCACCAGAUGAGCAAAAAUUGUGGCAUUCCCACAUAUACGCGAUUAAAACAGGACUGUGGAUAAACCCUAAAGUUCCAGGGAUGAUUCAAAACCCAGAGCUUCAAACCUUGGCCAAGACUUAUGGCAAGUUUUGGUGCACUUGGCAAGUUGACCGAGGAGAUAAGCUACCACUAGGUGUACCAUCGCUUAUGAUGUCCCCUCAAUCUGAAAGCACAGUGAGCACAGAAUUGGUUAAAAAGAGGGAUGAGAGAUACCAAAUAACUACUCAGAAUUUGAUUUCAUCAAGGGCUGAUAUUACGCCGUCAGAAAAUUUGAUUUCAUAUGCGGAUCACUGGAAGCAAUCAGGAAAGGGAUUUGCCAUUGAUGUACACGAAGCGAAGAUGAAAACAACUGCUAUCUUCCCUUGA